UGAAACUGGCUUCCGGUGUCAGCCAUUGUGGCUCUCAGUGUGGAGUGCUACAAACGGGUACAUCUUCUGACUUGAGCCCGAAUGUCGCCAUUUUCCCUGUCGACUCUCGAGCGACACUGGAGGUGAAAACAGCGCCAUUUCUGUCGGCGUCCAUGAUACGCUAUGCUACCGCAGCGGAUUCCAGAGCUCCAGCUCGGAACGGCAGCGGCAGAAAACUAGCCGCUCCCCUUUUCGGUGGUCUUCUCCUCUUCAGCUCACAGCAGGUGCUGCUGCAGAAGUAAUCACCUCAACAUGGGCGCCUCUGUGUGACGCAAACACUCCUUGUGUUUUGCUGAGCAGCUGAGAUCGAUCAGCAACAUAAGCCAUGCCUGACGAAUAAAAUCACCUUUUUUUUUUUUUUUUUUUUUUUUUUUUUUUGCUUAAAGCAAGAAAAAAAAUCCCACAUGCCUCCUCACAUAGAGCCCCUACAGUGCAUCCUGUUGGAUUGAUUUCCCGCCCCCCCACCCGCCUUUCCUGAGGUUCCAGGUUCUGCCUCCCACUCUGCACUCCACCUGACAGCAACAACUCAUCCACUAUGCUGAUCCAUCUGAGAAUGGCCAAUACCUGAGGUCUCAUGCGUCCAGUGAGCACCGAUUCAGACGGUCCCGCUCCUCCCGAGAACCUCUCUUGCCCCUACCCACUCGUAGGCCCCCUGCCUGCCUCAGAGAUGUCACUCCUCCAGUCGCUGGGUCCAGUACAAAGCUGGCUGGGCCAGGAGCUUGAGAAGUGCGGGAUUGAUGCCAUGAUUUACACCCGCUACGUCCUCAGCCUCCUCCUGCACGACAGUUAUGACUACGACCUGCAGGACCAGGAGAAUGACAUCUUUUUGGGCUGGGAAAAGGGGGCUGGGAAAAAGUGGGGCAAGAGUAAGAAGAAGGGAGGGACCGACCUGAGUCUCGAGGAAAUGAAGAAACAAGCAGCGGUGCAAUGUCUUCGUUCUGCAUCAGAUGAAAACUCUGGGAUUGAAAGCCUGGUUGAAGAGCUUUGCUCCAAACUCAAGGAUAUUCAAAACAAACAGAAAGAGGAAAAACAGAUUCAAAAGAAGUCUGAUGGUGCUCCAUCUCCAGAGCGAGUUGAGUCCCCCUCUUCAAAGGACCAGGUGGAAAUGUAUUAUGAAGCCUUCCCUCCUUUGUCAGAGAAACCUGUUUGUCUCCAAGAGAUCAUGACCGUGUGGAAUAAAGCCAAGGCCUGCGCACACUCAAGUUCAUCAUCAUCGGCAGCCCCACAGACCAGCACAGACACCUCCUCCCCAAAAGAUUGCAACAGCGAGUGUGAGACUGCAAAGGAGCGGAACCCCGAAUCAUUAUGUACCAUCACCAGUGUGAGCAACGAGAGAGGCCAGCAACGACGAAACAAGAAGGAGAAAGAAAAUCGAUACCAUUGCGGCGCAGCAGCAGAAGAGAAAAACACAGUCCACUCCAAGAGACAAACAAGACACAGGUCUGAGGGUAAAUACCGAGCCCGGUCUUGGUCUUCUGGCUCUAGUGAGGAGGGCUCAAGCUCAAGUGGGAACCAGGGGGGCUCAAAGUCAUUCAGAAGCAAGGCGGUUAGAGUAAGGCACAAAUCAAGAGAGGUUGCGAAGAAUAAGAGACAACGCAACAGCGGACAGCUGAAGCUGCAGCUGAAGGCUAUUGACAAAGAGGAGCGACGAAAUGCAGGAGGGGGCAGUGCCACUGGAGGCACUGGCAAAACACAGCAGCUUUACAAGAAGAGUAAAAGAUCCCUCAAGGAGAUUUAUAAAGAUCCAGGCUGGGUGCAUGCGAAUGAGAUUGGCCUUGAGGCCAGAAACACAAAGGAAUACAUGGAGGAGCCCCUCUGGUACACUGAGCCCAUCACAGACUAUUUUGUACCUUUUAGCAGCAGACAAAGCAAGCUGGAAACAAAGUAUCGAAACAAAGUAGGCUCUCCUGUAGACUUCAGUUUGUCAGCUGACAUGGCUAUGCUGCCGGAGAGAACCCAGGGAAUCUGCAUUGCCAGUGAGAGCUACCAGAGAACAUACCUUGCUGCAGGCUCAUUUGUUGAUGGUCGCUUUGUGGAAGCAUCUGGCGAAGCAGAGGACGAAACUGCUGAGCUCAUUGGGACCUCGAGCUGCCUUCAGCGGGAGGAUAGUGGAGAUUUAGAUGACAAGCAUCUGCCUGAAUUCACCGACUUCUAUGAAGUUGAUAUUUAUCAAUCCAUAUUGGAUACUAGUGCCUCAGACUCUUUACAAGAGAGUCGGAUCCUAAGCAUGAUUCGACAAAAGAGCAAAGAGCAAAGAGACGACGAGGCAGAACCUUGUUUAGUGUUAGACGACCUUGAGCAGCGAGGGAAAAGUGCAAUAAGGGCAGACUUUGAGGAAGCUUCAGGAUCUGUUGGGUUCCUAAUGGAGGACCUUGACAAUAUGGCUCAAGUCUGGGGAUGUUACUCUCCUUCUACGUCAGAAGAUAUAGAUGGAGAAAGCUUCAUGGGCGACUCCCCCGUUCGGCUCUCCCCCCUCCUUGAUAGUGUUUCCUUUACCUUGAGUAAUCUGUCUGGAAGUCUGGUGGAGACACACGUUCCUGAAGCCCCCAGGGAGCCAUCUUCUUGCUUCUCACUUUUUGAGCUACAGUACGACAGCCCUGCUUUUCCUCUUCCCCGUGAUUCGCUCUCUGUCUCUCACGAAAACAAAGCAGAUUCUAGUAUUUGUCUCGACCCGCAUGCUAAUAAACAGUCUCGUUUGCUAAUUUGGACCAAAAAUAGUGCCUUUGAUGAAACGGAACACUGCUCAAACCUUUCAACGCGAACGUGCAGUCCAUGGUCACAUUCUGAAGAGACUCGUUCAGAUACAGAGCACGGCAAUGUUCCCACAGAGGAGUCGGCUCAGAUUGGCUCAGAAGAAAUUGAUUCGAUCAUCCCUCCUCUUUCUGGCACAUAUCUUGAAGAAGAAAUCUUAGAUUUCUUGCAAGAAGACUCUGGGGUCAAAUGUGACGAGGCCACCGCAUCCAAUCAGACUUACACCACCAAAAAAUCUAAAUUGGAGUCCAUUUGUGGAAUAGCAUUGGAAGAGGAUGACAGUAAACAGUACAGUUCUAGUGUUUUCUCAGACGAUACAAACCAACAGAGGGGUGAGUACAGCUCAGGAAUAAUCAAGGACAUUUGGUCUGCAGUAGGGGAGGGCAAAUUGGCGAUGUCAAGGCAAAGUGAAGAGAGACCAAGUGAGAAGGUAUUUCCUGAAGACUCAGGAGGUGGUUACUGUGGCAGCUGUCUGGAGGUGCAGGCCAAACGAGUUCCACUUCAGGGACCUCAGAAAAAAGCAGUACAGCGCUCUGAGUAUCACCUCUGGGAGGGCAAGAAAGAAGAGCAGGAAUUGGCCAAAAACAAACUACCCAAGUUGGAUGGUUCCGGGGAUUACAUGACUCCGUCCAGACCCUGGGACUUGAGAUCAGAUAAAGACGGUACGUCUUUCAUCAUUGGUGGGGUAUAUGGAGAGUUCAAGAAUUGGGCUGUUGUGCCACCAAAUGAAUCUCAACACAGCUUGCUACAGUCUACUGCCACAUCUGCUUCUACUUCUGAAAUGCUCACCAUCACUGGCACCGAUGUGUUCAUGAACACUAGCAGCUGCUUCACUCCAGGACACAGGCGCCUGUGGAGGCCUCUUGUGUCUUUCGGCCAAAGCGACCACACAAUCACAGGGAGCAGAGAUGCAUUGAAUAAGGGAUUUUCUUUCAUCUUCCGCGAAGAUUUGCUGGGAUCUUACGGAGGCUUGCGUGGUGAGGAUCAAGGUUUGGAAUACCCUUUUGCAUCCUUCCACCUGAACAAUCCCUUCUCUCAAGUUCUCCACGUGGAGUGUUCCUUUGAGCCUGAGGACAUGGCUUCCUUCAGUCCCGGCUUCAAGCCCAAAUCUAUUCUUUGCUCCGACUCGGAGAGUGAAGCCUUCCGCCCGCAAAUUUAUGGCAUCAACCAAACUCAGUACAGGGCCAUUCGCAUUUCCCCCAGGACUCAUUUCCGGCCAAUAUCGGCCUCUGAGUUGUCUCCUGGUGGAGCGAGCGAUUCAGAGGCCGAGUCUGACAAAGAGGAGGCGAGUUUUCCCGUCCUGGCACCAGUGGAUGUCUUCGAUGAUCCUCAGGCAGAUCUCAAACCUCUAGAGGAGGAUGCAGAAUGUGAAGGCCCUUAUUAUGGGAAGUCUGAACUGGAAUCUGGUAAAUUCCUACCCAGAUUAAAGAAGUCUGGCAUGGAGAAGAGUGCCCAGACCUCUCUGGAUUCACAGGAGGGCUCCAGUGCCCUCCUACCAAUUGCUGAGCAAGAGAGAUGUUUGGACUGCCAAACAACAGCAGCAGCAGCAGCUGCUGUGUCAACUGAAGGUGGACAAAUAGACAUCUCAGUUGGCACGUUUCAAAAAGAGGAAUCACCAGGGGAAAAACAAACCUACUUAUGUGCGACAGCAGGUCAAAUCCCCAAAUAUGGGAUUGCGUAUGAUGUGCCGGAGUUCCCUUUGUUAAACAUAAGUGGACAGGGAGGAAGUGGCAACCAAGAAGAUGAGCGCUGGUGGCAAAACACUCUCUGUUCCCCCCUCUUCCCUGGAUCUCAGUGUACAGGGAGCAGCAACAUUUGAAUUGUUCACUUCGCAGAGGACUUGAUGUUGGCGAGAGGAAAAGUUGCUGGACUGUGGUGACUGGACCUCCACCAGCAUUUAUUCAAGGUUAUCUCUGAGCCAGAAAACCUAACAUGGGCUGACUUCUUGAGCUUGCCCUCAGCCGCCCCCCAUAGACACACACAUACACGCAUAACUGCUGGUUUUUAUUUACUAACAUAAAGCUUGUGUUAUCAACAAUCAGAUUGACAGGAAAAAUGAGUUAAAAUAUAAAGACGUUAAACGUUAAAACUAAAGAUGUUGUGUGUUUGAGAUGCCAUAUGCAGAUUUUCAUUUUUAGAAUCAGUGAUUCAACUUUCAGCUAUUAGGCAUCCAGUUGGGUCCUUUCAGUUGUGCUCCCACCAUCAAGCUUUAGAAUACCGGAUAGUUGGUGUCUGAAUGGUUGUGCAUGUGCGUCUGUCCGGCCAGUCUCACUCCUUUUUUUUUUUUUUUUCUGGCUAAAAGCCUAUUUGCUGUGUGAAAUGAAACGCUAUUA